AUGUUGAACCCUAAUCGUAGUCGUAGUCGUAUUAGUAGUAGUAGUAGUAGUCGUAGUCGUAGUCGUAGUCGUAGUCGUAGUCGUAGUAGUAGUAGUAGUCGUAGUCGUAGUCGUAGUCGUAGUCGUAGUCGUAGUCGUAGUCGUAGUCGUAGUCGUAGUCGUAGUCGUAGUCGUAGUCGUAGUCGUAGUCGUAGUCGUAGUCGUAGUCGUAGUCGUAGUCGUAGUCGUAGUCGUAGUCGUAGUCGUAGUCGUAGUCGUAGUCGUAGUCGUAGUCGUAGUCGUAGUCGUAGUCGUAGUCGUAGUCGUAGUCGUAGUCGUAGUCGUAGUCGUAGUCGUAGUCGUAGUCGUAGUCGUAGUCGUAGUCGUAGUCGUAGUCGUAGUCGUAGUCGUAGUCGUAGUAGUAGUAGUAGUAGUAGUAGUAGUAGUAGUAGUAGUAGUAGUAGUAGUAGUAGUAGUAGUAGUAGUAGUAGUAGUAGUAGUAGUAGUAGUAGUAGUAGUAGUAGUAGUAGUAGUAGUAGUAGUAGUAGUAGUAGUAGUAGUAGUAGUAGUAGUAGUAGUAGUAGUAGUAGUAGUAGUAGUAGUAGUAGUAGUAGUAGUAGUAGUAGUAGUAGUAGUAGUAGUAGUAGUAGUAGUAGUAGUAGUAGUAGUAGUAGUAGUAGUAGUAGUAGUAGUAGUAGUAGUAGUAGUAGUAGUAGUAGUAGUAGUAGUAGUAGUAGUAGUAGUAGUAGUAGUAGUAGUAGUAGUAGUAGUAGUAGUAGUAGUAGUAGUAGUAGUAGUAGUAGUAGUAGUAGUAGUAGUAGUAGUAGUAGUAGUAGUAGUAGUAGUAGUAGUAGUAGUAGUAGUAGUAGUAGUAGUAGUAGUAGUAGUAGUAGUAGUAGUAGUAGUAGUAGUAGUAGUAGUAGUAGUAGUAGUAGUAGUAGUAGUAGUAGUAGUAGUAGUAGUAGUAGUAGUAGUAGUAGUAGUAGUAGUAGUAGUAGUAGUAGUAGUAGUAGUAGUAGUAGUAGUAGUAGUAGUAGUAGUAGUAGUAGUAGUAGUAGUAGUAGUAGUAGUAGUAGUAGUAGUAGUAGUAGUAGUAGUAGUAGUAGUAGUAGUAGUAGUAGUAGUAGUAGUAGUAGUAGUAGUAGUAGUAGUAGUAGUAGUAGUAGUAGUAGUAGUAGUAGUAGUAGUAGUAGUAGUAGUAGUAGUAGUAGUAGUAGUAGUAGUAGUAGUAGUAGUAGUAGUAGUAGUAGUAGUAGUAGUAGUAGUAGUAGUAGUAGUAGUAGUAGUAGUAGUAGUAGUAGUAGUAGUAGUAGUAGUAGUAGUAGUAGUAGUAGUAGUAGUAGUAGUAGUAGUAGUAGUAGUAGUAGUAGUAGUAGUAGUAGUAGUAGUAGUAGUAGUAGUAGUAGUAGUAGUAGUAGUAGUAGUAGUAGUAGUAGUAGUAGUAGUAGUAGUAGUAGUAGUAGUAGUAGUAGUAGUAGUAGUAGUAGUAGUAGUAGUAGUAGUAGUAGUAGUAGUAGUAGUAGUAGUAGUAGUAGUAGUAGUAGUAGUAGUAGUAGUAGUAGUAGUAGUAGUAGUAGUAGUAGUAGUAGUAGUAGUAGUAGUAGUAGUAGUAGUAGUAGUAGUAGUAGUAGUAGUAGUAGUAGUAGUAGUAGUAGUAGUAGUAGUAGUAGUAGUAGUAGUAGUAGUAGUAGUAGUAGUAGUAGUAGUAGUAGUAGUUAUUAG